AUGUCUGCUUUUGUCGGCAAAUACGCAGAUGAACUGAUCAAGACGGCCAAGUACAUUGCAACUCCCGGAAAGGGCAUUCUGGCGGCAGAUGAGAGCACCGGAACCAUAGGGAAACGAUUCUCCAGCAUCAAUGUUGAGAACAUUGAGUCCAACCGCCAAGCUCUUCGUGAGCUCCUCUUCACUUCCCCUGGCGCUCUCCCUUGCCUCUCCGGCGUUAUCCUCUUCGAGGAAACUCUCUACCAGAAGACCUCUGAUGGCAAACUCUUUGUCGACUUCCUUCAGGAGAAUGGAGUUAUUCCCGGAAUUAAAGUGGACAAGGGUGUAGUUGAUCUAGCAGGGACCAAUGGCGAGACCACUACUCAGGGUCUAGACUCGCUUGGUUCACGUUGCCAGGAGUAUUACAAGGCAGGAGCCCGUUUUGCCAAAUGGCGUGCAGUCCUCAAGAUUGGGGCCACCGAGCCAAGUGAGCUCUCGAUCCAGGAGAACGCCAAGGGGCUAGCUCGCUAUGCCAUCAUCUGCCAGGAGAACGGACUGGUCCCGAUCGUCGAGCCAGAGGUGCUGACUGACGGGAGCCACGACAUCAAGAAAUGUGCGGCAGUGACCGAGACGGUUCUUGCUGCCGUGUACAAGGCCUUGAACGACCACCAUGUCCUCCUCGAAGGCACUCUGCUCAAACCUAACAUGGUCACUCCCGGCUCAGACAGCCCAAAGGUUACACCGGAAGUGAUCGCGGAACACACCGUGACUGCCCUCCGCCGCACGGUCCCAGCAGCGGUUCCAGGAGUUGUGUUCCUCUCAGGCGGCCAGAGCGAAGAGGAAGCGACGCUAAACCUGAACGCAAUGAACAAGCUCGAUGUGUUGAAGCCAUGGACGCUCACUUUCUCCUUUGGCCGAGCCCUCCAGCAAAGCACCCUCAAGGCUUGGGCCGGUAAGACAGAGAACGUAGCCAAUGCUCAGGCCACGUUCUUGACCAGGUGCAAGGCAAACUCGGACGCUACCCUAGGAGCGUUCGAAACGUGUGUAACGUUUGAUGCGAUUUGGAUCCGCCGCCUCGUCGGUUGCUCAGCAUUUCUCGUCGCUGCCAAAGGAAGCUCUUUCUUCUCCUUCAUCUUUUCCUCUUUCUGCUCUUUGUGUCGUCUUCCGGUGACUCUAUUUCCGACGGCGCUUCUUCGGCUUUUGAGUCUGUUUGAAUCCGGUGGUGUCGUUCCUGCGUGGUGGCUUGACUUGGGGAGGCGUGUGGCGUCUUGGCGUUCUACGCCGGUGAGGUUUUCGGUUGUCUCUCCGUCUACGCUUUCGUUUGCACAGCAGAUUUCGGCGGCUUUUGGUGGAGGUCACAGCAGAUUUCGGCGGCUUUUGGCAGAGGUCUUCUGUGUUAGUGUAGUUCCGACUAGAUCUACGGGGUGUGCGUGUUACAGUCCUCGAGGACGAGUCUCCAGCGCCGGCGCUUCAGAUCUGCUCCCUUGUCCAACUUAUUUGCGUGUCAUAGUUCUCUGCAUUAGGAAUAGUUUUAGUUCUUACGAAAAUAGUCAUGUUUUUAGUUGA